GUUGUUGAUGGAACUGCAUCACCACUGAAAUCUCAGGCAAGGAUCAUGCGGUUUUUCUGUUCAUCUGGAAUUGAUUCUUCGUGCUUUCUGCCCCCUCAGAAGGAUGUCUCAGUUGAGAGGAACCGGGAAUUCACUGAAUGUGUUAAUGAUUGUGUGGAACUCCUUGAACUAUUUGGGAUGCCUGUACUGAAAGCAAAUGGUGAGGCUGAAGCAUUGUGUGCACAGUUGAAUAGAGAUGGUCAUGUAGAUGCCUGCAGCACUGCUGAUAGUGACACAUUUCUCUUUGGGGCUAAAUGUGUAAUAAAAUGCAUCAGGCCCAACUCAAAAGGACCAUUUGAGUGCUACCAUAUGUCAGAUAUUGAAGCUGGUGUUGGACUCAAGAGGAAACACUUGAUAGCCAUCUCUCUUCUGGUUGGAAAUGACCAUGAUCUAAAUGGAGUUCAAGGAAUUGGCCUUGAAACAGCUCUUCGUUUUGUCAAAAGAUUUAGCGAAGAUGAGAUAUUGAAUAAAUCACACAAUAUAGGAAAUGGGGAUAAUCCACUUUUUCAGUGUGGAAUCAAAUCCAAGGAUGGUAUCCCAACUAUUUCAGAUGAGAUCUCACCAAAGAAAAAGUGUUCUUAUUGUUCCUUCUGUGGGCAUCCUGGCAGCAAGAGAGCUCAUUUCAGGUCUUCUUGUGAAUACUGUGGAACAACUAGCAAUGAGAAUUGUAUUAAAAAGUUGGAGGGGUUUAAAUGCAAUUGCCCUCCUUGUCUUGGGGUAUAGUUUUCUUGGCUACCCCCUACCCCCCCAAGCCUGGCUCUUAUUCUUGAACCCAGCUGCUGGGUUCAAUGGAACCCAAAUUGGUUUCUUUCUGUGCAUUCUGGCAUUUGGCUUUGCUUGAAUCAGAGGAGGAAAGUUGUUUAAGAGAGGGAAGAAAGGAAGCGAGAAGAAGAAGAAGAACCAACGGCAAAAACAGAGAUUGAGUUGUGCAAUUCUUAUGAUGAAUUUGAGAAGCUCGUUAUAAAGUAGAGCACUCCCAAGUUUGUUCUUCCUUCUCCCUCAAACCCUUUUUGCGAUUUUCAGUACUGCUCCUUCAACCAAACAUGUAUUAGUUUGUUUGGUUCCCCAGGUGUUAUCUUGUUGAUUUUGUUCAUUAUUUCGAGCUUUUCUAAGUUUCUGUUUUCUCUUUAAUCCUUCUUCCUUGUAGUUUGUUUUAAUUUUGUAAGGUUUUUGUCUGCAAUUUUGAGUUUUUGAUUUAAGCAAUGUGUUGUUUAGUUCUUUCAAUGUUGGGAUCAUAGCAGUUAAAU